AUGUACGGUCAAGUCCAGGAUCCAUUAGUACAUGCCGCUGCUGCUCUGGCACAAUCGACAACUGCGGAACCAAUAGUUGGUUCACGUGACACCAUGUUCACCAAAAUCUUCGUCGGUGGUUUACCGUAUCACACCAGUGACAAAACCCUUCACGAGUACUUUGAACAGUUUGGAGACAUCGAGGAGGCCGUUGUUAUCACCGAUCGCAACACACAGAAGAGCCGUGGAUACGGAUUUGUGACAAUGAAAGACAAAGCAUCUGCUGAUCGCGCCUGCAAAGAUCCAAAUCCAAUCAUCGAUGGAAGAAAAGCCAACGUCAACCUUGCCUACCUUGGAGCCAAGCCAAGAACAAAUGUUCAACUAGCCGCGCUGGCCGCUGGACAAGUUCAACUUCCACUCACCACUCAACUUCAGGCUUUGUUCCCUCCACGAAUCGGGCUUCCUCAAAUGUACUAUCCGGCGGUUACUGGAUUUAAUCCGUUGAUUGCCACUCAAGGAGCCGCCGCUCAACAACAAUUGAUUGACUAUUCUGCUCUUGCUGCAGUUAUGGGACAGAACCCACAAGCCGCUGCUUACGGACUCCCAUCACAAGGAAAAUGUAAAUUAAAUAUUUUUAAAUUCUUUGAAAAUUUGUAUAAUCAAUAUGCUGCUGCUUAUCCGGCUGGCUACGGUCUCGUUCCACAAGCAGCAUACAAUCUUGGAAGCUCCCAGUUACAAUUGGCCGCUGCCCAACAACAACUUGAACACCAACGUGUGUAA